UAUUUGCUACUACCACUUGUUGAACAAGAUGAAGGGUUACGGGCCCGGUGUUGCUGAGCUUUUCCGCCAGGCUGCAUACGCCUACGAGCAAUCAGAUUACACGCGUGCAAUGUCAGCCAUGGCUGCUCUGAAGCCAAAGGCGUACGAGAAGUUGUUGCGCGUAGGCCCGGAGAAGUGGGCACGAUCACAAUGUCCUGUGUCCCGUUACAGUUUCCUUACAUCCAAUGCCGCCGAGAGUUUUAAUGCACGUUUGCUGUGGGCCAGGCGUCUUCCAAUCUGCUCGAUGUUGGAGGCAGUCAGAUUAGUUGUCGAGCAGUGGUUCAACGACAGGCUUGCGGCCGCACAAGAGAGCGAUGAAAAUCUGACUCCGGAGGCAAAACAGAAGCUCAGUGCAGAACUUGUAAAAAGUCGUCGUUACACAGCCAAGAGGACCACCGAGAGAAAAUACAGGGUUCGUGCUAGUGGUCGCCAUUAUAUGGUUGACCUUCAAAAGCAGAGCUGUGAAUGCAACGAAUUCAACGAGGACCAGAUGCCGUGUUCUCAUGCGAUUGCAGCCAUUACUGAGGCGAACGAGUCAGUGGAGGAUUACGUGCACUCUUACUACUGGAACAGUUCACUAGUUGACACAUACUCUGGUGACGUUAACCACUUGCCUCCCAUAGAGAAUUGGAAUAUUCCUUUCCGAAUUGCAUCUCAGCUUGUUUUACCAAAUCUCUCUCGGCGACAAGCUGGUCGUCCAAAGGAAACUCGAGUUCGAUCCGCAGGUGAAAGGCCGACUCAAAACACAUCAACAGCGGAGGCAUCAACUAGUAGCAAGAAACGAGCACCCAAAACGUGUGGUCUCUGUGGCGGGUCUGGUCACACACGUCGAUCGUGCAAGGGUACGGCCACCGAUGCGUAGUCGUAUUUAUGACAUUAAGUUCAUUUAGAGUUCCCUAAUUUAUUUUUCUGUUUUAUUUAAGUUCAUUUAGAGUUCCCUAAUUAUUAUGAUAUGUUGUCCUAUAGUUUAUUAUAUUAUUCUAAUUAUUAUGAUAUUAUUUCAA